AACAGACUCGCCGAAUUUUUCGUGAUAUCGAGAACAAGCAGGAGUUACAGCAAGUUAAAACUCAAUAAAAACAUGAACGGAGAUUCAGAACAGCCUACAAUGGCUCGCAUGCGGACCAGUAAGCCAAUAGUCGGCAUUGAUGACAUCACGGAUCUACUACACCAACGCUACGGCAUCCAGAUCGCCAAACUGAAGGAGUUUGAGAGCUACGACGACCGAACCUACUACGUGAAGGCAGAACCGGGCUGCGGGACCGGGGAAAGGUCAGAGUUCAUUGCCAAGGUGCUGAAUUCCACCAGCUCGGCCCCCAAGGGCGUGGUUGACGUGAUAACGGACCUUUUGGAUUAUUUGAAGGCGUAUCCGGAGCUCGGGUGCCAGUUUGCCCUGCCCAACGUCAAUGGCGACCUACUCAGCUAUGAGAUGAUACCCAAUGACGUGCGAGAUGGGGAUGUUUUGCUAGGUAGAGAAAAAGGAUUGUCGGCACUGCGUUUGUUCAACUUUGUGCCGGGAAAGCCAAUGAGUGCUUCCGCACCACUCCCGCCAAACUUUUUUUUUGAUGUUGGGAUACACCUUGGAAAACUGCAAAAAGCCCUCCAGGAGUAUCCUGGAGACGUUGAGCCCCUCAAGUUGAAGGCACAGGCGUACUUGUGGUGUCUGUCAAACGUUCCUUGCCUCCGAAGCUUUCUGCCGCUUGUCCAGGACGACAAGAAACGACGUCUGGCAGAGGAGGUUAUCAGCCAGUUUGAAGCAACGGUGGUGCCGGUGAUGGACGGCUUAAGAAAAGGUAUUGUUGAGAGUGACUUCAAUAAUGAUAAUGUGCUGGUCACCAGCUCAGCGGAGGGUACCAGUGAUUGCAGUGACAACUCUCCGAUGACCGGUGGCGUUGCCAAAUACCAGAUAUCCGGCGUAGUCGAUUUUGACGACACCAUGUACACGUGCCUCGUUUACGAAAUCGCCAUUGCCAUGAUGUAUGCCAUGUUCUGCUGCGACGAACCUAUCGUGGCCGCCGCGUAUGUGCUUACCGGGUUUGAGACGGUGUCCCCACUCCCACGGAACGAACGCAGACUUUUGAAAGUUUUGGUUGCCGGUCGAUUUGCCCAGUCAGUUUUGAUGUCUUUGAUGCAGGUCAAGAACCACCCUGACAAUGUGUACGUGGGUCAAACACUCAUUGAAGGUUGGAGUCUUCUGGGGAAAUGGUGGAGUCAGUCCGAAGUGCAGCUGCAGGAAUUAUGGGAUUGCGUCAAAGCAAGAUGCGCUGGCCAACAUUAAAGCUAUAGUCCAUCAUUUGCAGCCAUCCGAAAAGUAACUGGUGUAAUUAUUGUUGAAAAACAUACUUGAUUGAAAGAUAGUAAGGGGACUAAACUCCCUGUGAAAUUAUUCUUU